AUGGGUACAAGAGGCCUUCUGGGCUGCCUCCUCCUGACUGCUUUGCUCAGUUUAUCAAAUGCUGGUCUCGUCAAGAAAAUCCUACGGCAUCGACGACAGACUCUGGCUUCCCCUGAAGAACAUAACGUCACCCUCCCCAGUGCGGGCAGUCCUGUGGUUUUCAACCACGUCUAUAACAUCAAUGUCCCUGCUAGUUACCUGUGCUCAGUGAACCUGGACUCACCAGAGAGCAUGCAGCUCCAUCCCAAAGAUGCAGCACUCUCUUCAGGCCAUCCCGCCACCGAGCAUACCGUCGAUGAGGAUAACCAGAUUGUCUUCACCCACCGCAUCAACAUACCUCGGAAGGCCUGUGGCUGUACUGACGACUUACCUGGCCUGAAAGACCUCAUGAGACGGUUGGAGAUGCUUGAGGGAGAAGUUUCAGCUUUGAGAGAGCAGUGCAAUGGCGACGGGACCUGCUGCAGUGCACAGGUCACAGGUGAGGUGGGAACUAAGCCCUACUGCAACGGUCGUGGAAACUUCAGUACUGAAACCUGUGGCUGCGCAUGUGAGACUGGCUGGAAGGGACCCAACUGCACCGAACCCGAGUGUCCCAAUAACUGUCAGGACCAGGGCCGCUGCGUUGACGGGAAGUGCGAGUGCUUCAAGGGCUUCACCGGAGAAGACUGCACACUCGCUGUCUGCCCUGUGGACUGCGGAGCCCACGGACAGUGUGUGGGUGGUGUUUGCAUUUGUUCGGACGGUUUCUUCGGAGAAGACUGCUCUGAAACCAAGUGCCUCAACAACUGCAGAGGCCGCGGCCGCUGUUACGACGGAUACUGUUUGUGUGAUGAACCCUGGACCGGCUUCGACUGCUCUGAACUCAUCUGCCCCAAAGACUGCUUCGACCGUGGACGCUGUGUGAAUGGCACCUGCUACUGCGACGAGGGAUACACCGGGAAGGACUGUGGGGAACGCACCUGUCCAAACAACUGCCAUGGCAACGGUUUCUGUGUAGAUGGCCAGUGUGUCUGCAUUGCCGGCUUCAGCGGAGAAGACUGCUCUCACCUCACCUGCCUCAACGACUGUAACGGCAGAGGCACGUGCUUCAACGGGAUGUGUAUCUGCGACACGGGCUACCAAGGUGAAGACUGCAGCCAGUUAGCGUGUCUCAACAACUGUAACAACAGAGGCCAAUGCAUAAACGGACAGUGUGCCUGCGAUGUUGGUUUCCAGGGAGACGACUGCGCAGAACUUUCCUGUCCAAGCAACUGCCUGCACAGGGGACGCUGUGUUAACGGACAGUGUGUGUGCGAAGAAGGCUUCGCUGGCGAGGACUGCAGCAUCAGGACCUGCCCCUCAAACUGCUACGGUCGCGGCGAGUGUAUUGAGGGACAUUGUGUGUGUCACGCUGGGUUCACCGGCGAGGACUGCGGUGAACUAAGCUGCCCCAACAACUGCCAGAACCGCGGCCGGUGCAUCGACGGCCAGUGUGUUUGUGACGAAGGCUUCUCCGGGGAAGACUGCAGUCAGAAAGCUUGUCCCAAUGACUGCCUGGCCCGCGGUUACUGUGUCAAUGGCAAGUGCAUCUGUCAGGAAGGCUACUCAGGAGAUGAUUGCUCUGUGCUUGCCUGUCCGGGUAACUGCAACAACAGGGGGCGCUGCAUCAAUGGAAAGUGCGCAUGCGAGAAUGGAUAUGAGGGAGAAAGCUGCACAGAGCUGAGCUGUCUGAACAACUGCCAGGACAAAGGCCGCUGCGUGAAUGGUCAGUGUGUCUGUGAUGAGGGAUACAUUGGGGAGGACUGCUCAGAAGGUAAGAAGCUCCGUUCAGUUCAGUGCAGAAACACAAAAAAAGCACUUGGCAGUUCACAAAUCCUGAAACUUUCCAUUUGUUAACUAGAUGCACUGUGAAAGUAAGUCCAGAAUGAUGUAAUAUCCCUCUGUUCUCAAACUUCACUCACCACUUCUCCUGAGAGAAACUAUUUUAGUGAAUAUAAAAGAGGUUUUCGGUUUGCGUAUUGCUGUUGUCUGCACUUUGUUCGCUCUUUUCUGGCAGUUCUUCACACCACAACCAGAUGUAGCUCUGGACUUUGCAUUAGCUCUUUGUGGUGGAUAAUGGGUGAUUGUUUUCCAGUGUCUCCUCCAAAGGACCUGACUGUUGGCGAGAUCACCAGUGAGACAGUGGACCUGUCCUGGGACAACGAGAUGCUGGUAACAGAGUACCUUGUGACGUAUGUGCCUACCAGUCCUGGUGGUCUUCUCCAGGAGUUCAUUGUGUCAGGAGACAAAUCUGCUGCCACUGUCAGAGAGCUUGAACCUGGUAUCGAGUACCUGAUCAAUGUGUACGCUGUCCUGAGCAACAAGAGGAGUGUCCCCGUCAGCGCGAGGGUCGCCACAGAUCUUCCACAGCCAGAGGGUUUAAUAUUCAAAUCGGUGAGAGAGACCUCAGUGGAGGUGAUGUGGGACCAGCUGAGCAUCCCCUUUGAUGGCUGGGAAAUCUAUUUCCGUAACACGAAAGAAGAAAAUGGAAAAGUCAUGAGCACCCUUCCAUCAUCUCAAAACCGGUUCCUCCAGUCAGGCCUCGGACCAGGACAGGAGUACGAAGUCUCCAUCAACAUCGUCAAAAACAACACCAGAGGACCCCAGACAUCCAAAAAAGUCACUACUAAGAUUGAUGGCCCCCAGCAGGUGGAGGUGAAGGAUGUGACGGACUCCUCGGCUCUGGUCAGCUGGUCUCAGCCGGUGGCUCCCAUGGACAAAGUCACCAUGUUUUACGGUCCCAGCUCCGACCCCUCAGAUGAAACCAGAGUGGAGAUCCCCCCCCCAGACAAGCAGUACAGCAUUGAUGGUCUGAGGCCCGACACCGAGUACAAGGUGUCGCUCAUCUCCAGGAGGGGAGACAUCACCAGUGACCUUGUCACCACCACAUUCGUUACAGCCCUGGAUGCUCCGACGGACCUGCAGGCUGUGUCCCAGACAGACGACAGCAUCACUUUGGAGUGGACGAACAGUCAAGCUGACGUUGGUAGCUAUCGGGUGAAAUACAGUCCCAUCUCUGGAGCGAUUCAUGGCGAGGAACUGUUCCCACGAGGACCAGGAGACACCACAAAGGCUACUAUCACUGGGCUAAUGCCGGGGACAGAGUACGGGAUUGGUGUGACUGCCGUGAAGAAUGAGAGAGAGAGCCUUCCUGCCACUACAAAUGCAGCAACUGAUCUCGACCCUCCCAGAGAUUUCGAAGAAGUCGAGUCCACAGAGACCUCCCUCACCUUGAGGUGGCAGAAACCUCGAGCUAAGGUCGGCGCCUACAAGCUGAUGCACAGCUCCAAAGAUGGUCAGGUCGAGGAGGAGGAGAUCCCGGCCGCAGCCACCAGCUAUGUCUUGUCCAACCUGAGUCCUGGAAUGAGCUACACCAUCGUGUUGACUGCAGAGAGAGGUCACAAGAGGAGCACACCCGUCACCCUAUCUGCAUCCACAGAGGAGCUGAAGCCCAUGGUGAUGAACCUCACCAUCUCUGACAUUACAUGGGACGGCUUCACUGCGUCCUGGAGCCCCACGGGUGGGGAAUUUGACAGCUUUGUCAUUGAGGUAACAAACUUGGAGAAUUUUGCAGAGAGCCAGAACCUCACUCUGUCGGGAGGCGCUCUCAGCCUGGGCAUCUCCGGGCUGAAUCCCAACACCAGCUACAUGGUUGGCCUGUUUGGGAUGUAUCAGGGCUCCUUCCUUGAACCCGUGUACACUGAAGCCACCACAGAGGCUGAGCCGGAGGUGGAGCAUCUCUUUGUCUCCGACAUCGCGGCCGACAGUUUCCGCCUGUCGUGGACUUCUGAUGAAGACAUAUUUGACAGAUUUGUGAUUAAAAUAAGAGACAGCAAAAGAUUAGCCCACCCCCAAGAGUACAGCGUCCGUGGCGACGAACGCACCAAAGUUUUAACUGGACUCAUGAGUGGCACUGAGUAUGAAAUCGAGCUCUAUGGUGUCACAUUGGACCAACGCUCCCAACCGAUAACUGGGGUUGCUCAGACAGGCCUGAGCACUCCAAGGGGACUUCACUUCUCUGAAGUGACUGACUCCUCAGCUGUAGUUCACUGGUCCAUGCCUCACACUCCAGUGGACAGCUAUCGAAUCACCUAUGUGCCCUUCGAAGGCGGAAGUCCGAUGACGUUGACUGUGGACGGCAGCGUGUUCGAGGCUUUGCUGCCCAACAUGAUCCCCGGCAAAAUGUACCAAGUGACUGUGAGUUCUGUGAAGGGCCUGGAGGAGAGUGACCCCAGCACUGAUACUGUAACCACAGCUUUGGACAGGCCUCGGGGUCUGACCGCAGUCAAUGUCACCGACGUCUCAGCCCUGUUGCUGUGGCAACCGUCUGCGGCCACGGUCGAUGGCUACGUCAUUACUUACAGUGCUGAUUCAGUGUCCCCCAUGGUGGAGCAUGUUUCUGGGAACACAGUGGAGUUUGAGAUGGGCUCCCUGGUUCCAGGAACACACUACACAGUUGGAGUACAUGCUAUGAAAGAAGCUCAGAGGAGCGACUCUGCUGUGACUGAGUUCACCACAGACGUGGACCCUCCUCGUGAUCUGACUGCUAUUAACAUCCAAACUGACAGUGCGACUCUCACCUGGAAACCUCCGCAGGCUGCUGUCACUGGUUACACACUCAGCUUCUCCUCUGCUGAUGGUAUAAUCAGGGAAGUGGUGCUAAGCCCCACAGCGUCCUCUUAUAGCAUGGCUCAGCUAACUGGCUCUACUGAGUACAGUGUCAGACUGCAGGCCAUCGCUGGAGCCCAGAGGAGUCGUCACGUCAACGCCGUCUUCACCACCAUUGGACAGUUGUACAGACACCCUAAGGACUGUGCUCAGAUUUUACUGAAUGGAGAGACGACCUCUGGUCUGUACACCAUCUACGUGGGAGGAGAGGAGAGCCAGCCCAUCCAGGUUUACUGUGACAUGACCACAGAUGGCGGAGGAUGGAUGGUUUUCCUCAGACGCCAGAAUGGAAAGCUGGAAUUCUACAGGAACUGGAAGAACUACACUGCUGGCUUUGGAAACAUGAAUAAUGAGUUCUGGCUGGGUCUCUCCAACCUCCAUAAAAUCACAAAUUCUGGCCAUUAUGAGCUGCGGGUGGACUUGAGGGACAACGGGGAAUCGGCCUACGCUCAGUACGACAAGCUGACAAUUGCAGAGCCGAGAACACGCUACAAAAUCUACAUAGGAGCGUAUAGUGGAACAGCAGGUGACUCCAUGACGUACCACCAGGGCCGACCCUUCUCCACCUACGACAAUGAUAAUGAUAUCGCAGUCACCAACUGCGCCUUGUCCUACAAAGGCGCUUUCUGGUAUAAAAACUGUCACCGUGUCAACCUGAUGGGGAAGUACGGGGACAACAGUCACAGUAAGGGGAUCAACUGGUUCCACUGGAAGGGCCACGAACACUCAAUUGAAUUUGCAGAGAUGAAGAUUAGGCCAGCCAACUUCAGAAACUUUGAGAGCAGGAAAAAGCGAUCAUAGACUCGCGAACCCGCCCUCGCCUACACCUCAUCUCCGCCCUCCCACAGCCUCGUCAGCAGUCAUGAACUUCCUCAGACCUUUCUCUAAAAUACACACAAACGAAGACAAUCUGCCUGUAAGAAAUGAGCCUGGUAACGUUACACCAAAGGAUCAAUUAGCCGUUUAUUUUGUGUGUGUAGAAAUCCCGAUUUGACACUGUUGUAUGUGUGAUUAUAUUUCUGCGUUCCAGAAGAAAGAAAGUAGAGAUGAGUUGGAUGAGCGCACGUGGACAUACAGUACAAGUGUUAUUGGGACCAAACAUCUGUAAUGAUAUGAUGAUUAACUGUAAAAUUGUGUAAAUGGAUCCACUGAAUCAGUAACAUGUCAAAGGCACAUAGCCAGAAGGCGUCAGACCUCUCACAUCCCUGAAAGUGAUGGAAAGUUUGAAUUAGUCCAAUUCCUCCAUCUUAAACUGAGUUAUUGACAAGGAUAAAUUGUAUAAAAUGACACAUCCUAACAUAGAAUGAAGUCUGUGAAAUGUCACGUAUGUUUUUACUGUACAACCAAAAGACGGCUCGCGUUUGGAAGCCGAUAACACCAUUGAAUUCAUAUUUAAAUGUUGCUUUACUUCUUUUGAUAGAAAAAAAAAUCUGAUGCUC